GCUGUGCAGAACGCAUAACAGAACGCUUAUUAGGAGAUACGAGUACGAAUGUGCCCCAGAAUUACACAAGAUUUGGAAAAUGCAAAUCAUAAAAGCCAUGACUCAAAAUGUAGGUCCUCGGAUGGGCUUGGUCUUGGUUCUGGCUGUCGGCUUCAUUUGCGCGGUUCGAGCCUACGAUCCAAAGGUCUGUGAGCGCCAGGAGAAUGUUCCGUACACGCGACAGGCUUACAGGAGUCGACAGGAGCCGUAUCAGAAGCAUUCGUUCUGGCGCGGCUGGGAGACCAAGUUUCGUACAGUAUAUGGAUGGGUAGAUGUAGACUAUAAAAUUGAAACAAAAAGGUUCUGCUGCAACGGCUAAGAGGGAUCCAUCUUCAACUGUAUGCCCGUUUGCUCUAAAGGCUGCUCUGGAAAUAGUUACUGCACCGCUCCGAAUGAAUGUGGCUGCAAGGUUGGCUAUGGCGGAGCCAAUUGUGAUCCCAUUUGUUCCAGAUGCGGCAAGAACGAGUAUUGUCUGAUGCCGGAUCGCUGUGCCUGCAAAGAGGGAUACCAGAAGGUCCACAACGAUGGCGAAUGCCUGCCCGUAUGCCCAGAGCUCUGUGUGAAUAACAACUUCUGCGCCGAGCCGGGAAUUUGCGAGUGCAAACUCGGCUAUGCCAAGUCGCAGAUCGACUCCUCGUGUCAGCCCGUCUGUUCGUCCAAAUGCGGACCCAACUCGUUCUGCCAGGAGCCGAACGUCUGCGUCUGCGAGAAGGGCUAUCAGGCGGACGGGGAGGGUAGGUGCCUUCCCAUAUGUGAGGUUGAUUGUGGUGAUCACAGUCAGUGCGUGAGACCCGGAGUGUGCGAGUGCGAGGCGGGCUAUGCCGGCGAAGGGAAAAACUGUCUGCCCGUUUGCUCCCAGGUCUGUCCCGAUCAUAGUAGUUGCCUGACACCCUCCGUCUGCAUCUGCGAUCCAGGCUACACCAUGAAGGGAGACCGGUGCGAGCCGCACUGUCCCAAAAAGUGUUCGGACUAUGCCCAAUGCACAGCCCCCAAUGUGUGCGAGUGCUACCCCGGCUAUGUGGCCACCGGGGAAGACGGCAAGUGCGAGCCAAAGUGCAGCCAAGGCUGUGCCAACGGCUUCUGCUUCUCGCCGGAGGUUUGUGUCUGCAGCAUAGGCUACCUGAUGGGCCCCAACAAGACCUGCGAGCCCCAGUGCAGCCUCAACUGCGUGCACGGAGAGUGCACCCACCCAGAGACGUGCUCCUGCGAAUCUGGCUACCGUUUCCAAGGGAACUCGCAGCAUAUUUGUGAGGCGGUCUGCGAGAAGGGCUGUGAGCACGGGGACUGCGUGGCCCCAGAGAUCUGUCUCUGCCACGAGGGCUACCAGCCGGUGCCCAACGAUUCUGGCAGCUUCGUGUGUCAACCCGUCUGUCAGACAAACUGUGUGAACUCUACGUGCACUGGACCGGAUCAUUGUAGCUGCCUGGAGGGUUACGUGCACCUCUCCUUAUCCACUUGCGUUCCCCACUGCCUGGAGCCAGAGGUGUGUGCAUGCCAGCCUGGCUAUGAGCAGACAGAUAUGGGAUGUACUCUUCAGACGCUUCAGACUACCUCCACCUCCACGUCAUUUUCCGACUCUACAUCUACUUUUGCCUCCACACCCACUGACACCACAGAAGAUUCUACGUCCAUCGAUAUGGUCUCACAAUUGCCAGACACGAACUGUUCUCAGGAAUGCCUCUGCUGGAAUGAGUUCGACGAACUGGGACCCCUAAACAACGCCAAAUGUGUCAACGUUUGUGUGGAUGAUCAUGACAAGCCCUGCCUGGAGCUGCGUGAGUGCCUCUGCGAUCCCUCGAGUGGCCAACUAGUGUGUGGGGGAAGUGGGGAUUACAGCUCCGAGGUAGUGCGCUACAUAUGCAAGGCCGCCAAACCCAAGGCAACCUCAAAUCAAGGGAAGAAUGAUGCAGCCAAGGCCGAGCCCAGCCAAAGCCACAAAAAUAGAUCGGAGUCAUCCAACUGGCUCUCCGUAGUGGGGUGGUGCAUCGCUGUCGUCGUUCUUGUGGCCAUCGUAGCUACAGCCGUUAAAUUCUAUCCAAAAUAUGGCAAAAAACAUUCUUACGGAGUCAAUGAAGCCCUUUGUGAGAAUUCUCUAUAGAAUAUUGAAGUUGUCUUAUUUAAACUACAUAAGUACACAUACAUAUAAAUACAUAUCUAUCUUCUAUCUAUGCUUAUAAAAA